AUGCCCGUUAUCGUUGAUGUUAACUUUUACUUGAGAAGCAUAUCCAAUAUAAAUUUCGUUAAAAUGGAAUAUGAUCUUCAAAUUACUUUUCGACAACAUUGGCAUGACUCUCGACUAGCAUAUGCUUCUAUUUUCCACGGAAGAAAUGUGCCCAAGUAUCUGAUAAUUACUGAUAAAGAUUCAAUAUGGACACCUGAUACGUUCUUUCUGAAUGAAAAGAGAGCGCACCGUCAUGAUAUCGACAAGUUGAAUUUGAUGAUUCGAAUCUAUGCUAAUGGCAGCGUGAUGUAUUCAGAGCGAAUAUCUCUCACACUGUCUUGCCCUAUGUAUAUACAGAAUUACCCUAUGGAUGAACAAGUUUGCCGUUUAGAUUUGGCAUCAUACGCCUUUACUACGGACGACAUA